ACAGCCCGAGGGGCUCCGUGAGUGUUGUCCUCCGGCGAUCGUCGUCCAGCCUAGCCCCCGGGCGCAUGCUAGGCAAUCCAACCGCCGCCGCCAUGCCUCUGGCACACGACAGGCUCGAGGUUCUGCAAGUGAGAAAGUUGGUGCAGUGCGUGCGCACAGGAGACAAGGCGCAGAUCACCAAACUGGUCCAGCAUGGAAUAUCCGGGCUUAUAAACUAUCAAGAUCCGGCAACAGGUGAGGGUGCACUGCAUGUGGCAGUGACUCGGAAUGACGAGGCCGUGGUGACACAGUUGCUGGAUCUGGGAGCUUCCCUGGGCACCCAGGACCUGGAGGGGAAGACCCCUCUAAUGACGGCCUGCCAGUACGGACACCUGCAGGCACUGGAGACGCUGGCAACAAGAGGAGUGAACAUGGCAGUGACGGACAAUUCUGGAAAGCCGGCCCUGUUCCACUGUUUCCAUCCCACCAACCGACAUGCCAAGUGCCUGGGCUUUCUCCUGGAGUGUGGAGCUGACCCCAACACCAGGGACGAACAUGGUUUCCCUGUUGUCUGCGGUGCAAGCAGUGAGGGGCUGGAGAGACAUCUCGAGAGAUUGCUGGAGAAGGGAGCCGACCCAAAUGCCAGGGAACCAAGAGAAGGCAAACCGGCACUAGUUCUGGCAUCAGAAGGAGGUCACGUGGAGUGUGUUCGGUUACUCAUGAGCCAUCCCAGCAUUGACAAGAAUGGCACAUACGGAGAGGAAGGCCUCUGUGCACUACACAGAGCAGCCAGUCUGGGUCAGUUCCUGGUAAUCCAGGUCCUCUCUGCUUACGGAGCAGACUUCACAGUUUCAACCACGCACCACGAGAACGCAGUCUUUUUCGCCACUCGCAGCAAUCAUCUAAUAGUCCUGAGGCUGCUUGGUCAGAGGGGGUCCCCAACCAAUGAUGAGAACGAACAGGGGGUGACACCCCAGAAAUUGGCAAAGCAGGAAGGAAUGAAAGACGCCAUGAAAGAACUAAAAAAGCUGACAAGUUUCCAGGACAAGAUUGCUCGUGGAGCUAAGCCAAAGGGAGCUGCUGAGCCAUGGGCUAUACAGCUGUACGACUGGACCCAAGUGAACAAACCCCGGCUUUUGGAGCUCUGUCGUGAGCAGCAAUCUGGCGAGGGAGGCGUGAUCACCACAGAAGCGUUUACUUCAGUGCUACACACAAUGGGAGCUCCACUGGAGUCCGAGGGUUUAACAAGUCUCCUGGCAAUAUACGACAAGAAAGGGGAGGGAGUGAUGAAUUACGACGAUUUCAUCUCCGAACAAAAGUUCAUUCAUGCGCAAUACAAAAUUGGUCCAGGUGAUGACAUCAAAGCAAAGAAGGGAAAGAAAGGCAAAAAAGGAGGGAAGAAGGGAAAAGGCAAAAAGGGAGGAAAGACAAAGAUAGUUUGUCCGAUCUACUACGAAGAGGCACGACCGCCUACAGCAGGCAUCCCAGACUCUGUCAUUGAAAAGGAGAUGUAUGUGACUGACAUGCAGAGGUUUUCGGGGCUGCCUACACAGCCUCAGCACCGCUAUGUGGAUGAUUCUGCAUGGUACCUAAUUCAUCCAGAACGACAGUACAUGCAGCUCUAUGAAGCAAUACGCCACAGUGACUUGAGUUCUCUCCAGACGGCCCUCAACGCCGGCAUGUCCGUGGACACGAGGGACAAGUACAACAAAACCCCUCUCAUGAUAGCCUGUGCCCACGGUCGCCCAGAUGUCGCCAAGUUCUUCCUGGACAGAGGGGCCGAUGUGAAUGCCAUAGACAAUUUUAGUUGGACUGCACUCCAUCACUGUGCGCACUCUGGCCAGGAGGGACUGGUGAGACUCCUGCUGGAUGCCGGGGCCAACAUUGACGCCCAGUCCUGCAACGGAGGAACACCUCUCAUGCGGGCUAUAGAAACAUCGCAGAAGAAUAUCGUGAAACUUCUUCUGGAGAGGGGUGCAAAUGUACAGAAGGAGAACAAGAAUGGACAUUCUGCACUGGAUGUGGCCAGGAACUGGGGGGAUGACUUCAUCUAUGCAGUAGUCUACGCCAAGGCUCAGACUCUGCCACCUGUAGUCAAGAAAGAUGACAAGAACAAAGGAGGCAAGGGAGGCAAGGGAGGGACCAAGGGUGAUAAAGGUGGCAAGGGAAAGAAAAAGAAAGGAGACAAGGAAGACUCAUUACCAAAGAUCCUCCCUGGUCCACCUUUGCUCCCGCUGCCCCCGCCCCCACGGCUACCAACACCAGCUGAAUACCUGCAAGAGGUCAGACGGACCACGACCCUCGGGAGCAUGCAUGCCUCGACACAUGUGAAGCCUUCCCCGGCCUACAGACCGCGACCUGCUUGGGUCUCUCGUCCUCCCACAUCCGAGGAUUACUUGGAAUCAUUGGAGAAGAUGAGAAAAGACACUGGAAACAAGGACUUUGACUUGGAUGAGACUCGGACUCCAUUCCAACUACAGAUUGAGGCUCGUGUGCAGGCCAUGGACAUUGCAGAUGUGUAGUCCAGUAUUUUUGUCUUAUUAUUUUUUUAUUGUUUGCACACAGUGACAGAUGUCUCUUUAAAGAUGAUACACAUUUUGUUUUUGUACGUAUGUUCACCGUAUUAUGCCGCGCCGCCGCUCGGC